CACUGAUUUCAUCGCAGAACACGCCGGGUACUUUUUGUGCACGUUUCUAUCCCCAUUUAGCUUCAUUAUUCUUGACACAAGUUUCAAACGGUGUGACAACGUUUUAUUCAUUUGUUCCGUGGCAUCCUCACAACAACCUGCCACAUUAAACCGGGGAGGUGGGGGGGAGAGCUGUCGACUGCCUCAUCAUCCAUGGUUUGCGGGAGUCCUGGGCCCCGGUACACCGGCUCCCGCUCCAGCCAUGUCGGCUCAGGAUGCAGCGGCUGGCGGCGGUGACAGAACGCGAUGCGAACCGGCAGAUGAUGUGCUGGUUGAAGAACAGAGCAGUUCGGCGUCUCUGCCCAGCUCGAUGAUCACAUCUUUAACUGCUGGUGUUUCUCUGAGCUUGGGGAUGCCCAGGAAGCGCAAAGGCAGCACCGACAACCAGGAUUUAAACUUGGCUGCAAUCAAUGAUGAAGAUUUAGAGGAUGACCUAAAUGGGUCAGAUGGAGAGGACCAACAUGCCAAAAAAAACUGCUUCAGGGAGCCACAUAGCAAAAUAGAAAAAAGGAGACGAGAUAAAAUGAACAAACUCAUCGACAAGCUCUCAGCCAUGAUACCGACGUGUAACCCCAUAUCUCGUAAACUGGACAAACUCACGGUGCUCCGAUUGGCGGUGCAGCACCUGAAGUCUCUCAAAGGGUCAGCGAGCGCCUUUUCUGAAACAAGCUAUAAACCAUCAUUCCUUCCAGAGGAGGAGCUAAGACAUUUAGUCCUCAAGGCUGCAGACGGGUUCCUGUUUGUUGUUGACUGCGAUCGAGGGAAAAUAGUGUUCGUCUCUGAGUCCAUUUCGAAGAUACUGAAUUACAGCCGGGCGGAGCUGAUUGGACAGAGCCUGUUUGAUUACAUCCACCCUAAGGAUAUGGGCAAAGUGAAGGAGCAGCUGUCAGCUUCUGAAUUACACCCUCGUGAACGGCUAAUAGAUGCUAAAACUGGUGUGCAGGUCCAAGCUGACCUUCCUGUUGGUGCAUCCCGGUUAUGUUCAGGCGCUCGUCGCUCUUUCUUUUGUCGGAUGAAAUACAACAAAAUACCUGUGAAAGUGGAGGAGAAGGAAUCCCAGGCCAACUCCUCCAAAAAGAAAGAGUCACAGAAGUACUGCACAGUCCACUGCACAGGCUACAUGCGCAGCUGGCCCACCAGUCAGAUGUCGUCAGAGGGCAAAGGGGAAGCAGACAAGCAGGAUAACUCCUUCUUCAGCUGCCUGGUGGCAGUGGGACGCGUUCACUCCCAUUCGACUCCGCAAGUUAAUGGAGAGGUCCGAGUUAAACCCACGGAGUUCAUCACACGCUACACCAUGGAUGGCAAAUUCACCUUUGUUGAUCAAAGGGCAACAACCUUUCUUGGUUAUCUUCCACAAGAACUGAUUGGGACUUCGUGUUAUGAAUACUUCCAUCAAAAUGACUUACUACAUUUAGCUGAUAAACAUCGAAAAGUGCUGCGAAGUAGAGAGAAGAUCGAGACGAACUGCUAUAAAUUCAAAACGAAAUUCGGAUCUUUUGUCACGCUGCAAAGCCAGUGGUUCAGUUUUGUAAACCCCUGGAACAAAGAAGUGGAAUACAUAGUGUCUACUAACAGAGUUAUAUCACAUGACAACGGUCGAACAGGACGAUCAGGAAAUAAAUCUGAACAGUCGAGCGAUUCCAAGACUUCAGAAGAUGGCAAAAAGUCUCUUCCAGUCAUACCAGGCAUCUCCUCUGCACCUGGAACUAUGAUCUACCCUGAAAACAUAGGAACACAGAUUGCUAACGAGCUCCUGGAUUUCAACAAGCUGAACUCAUCACCUCCAAGUGGGAGCGUCAGUCCGUUCAGUGUGCAACAGGAUAAAUCUCCUCGAACUCCUAAUCAAAUCAGCAACAGCGUGCCAAAUGGAGAAACUUCGGACAUGGAGAUACCAGGAAAGUCAAGCUCAGACAGUGAGCCUCAAGGAGCUUCGUUCUCAGGAGGAGAGACACUAAUGGGGGACAAUCCGCAGCUGGACUUGGACAGUGUCGUUGGACCUGGCCUCCACAGUCUUACCAAUGACGAAGCAGCCAUGGCGGUGAUCAUGAGCCUUCUGGAGACGGACGCAAACCUGGGAGAAGUGGACUUUGAAGAGAUGCACUGGUCUUUGUAGAAUUUGUUUUUACAGCUACUGAGAAACAUUUUGGGACCUACAAUGCUAACUUCAGACGGCAGCAUAUUGUUUUAUUUUCUUAAAGAUGUUUAAAUUAUUCUUUUCCCCGUUCGGACAUAAGCUGGUGUUUUGGUGGCUGCACUAAUAAGGUCAGGACUGGUAAUGAUGUGGGACACAGUUUUCCAGUGAUACGCCUCUGAGGCCUUACAGCAGUUUGUCCUGAAACGCUGUUCCUCACUAAAUCGUUCUGCUGCACAUGGUAGAAGAAUCAACAGACCCAGACUAUGAUGAACUAGGUAUACUCCCUCAUAUUUUCUCUUCCCCUUCUUUUAAGAGUAAAAAUACAAGCUAAACAAGUCUGACUUGAUGAAAGAAAACUUGGAAUUUCACUCGGUACUGUAUGAUUUAAUUGAAUUAAAAUAUAGUGUGAGGAAGAUAGCCUGGCCCGUCUCUGCAGUGCCUCAGGAUCUGAACCGUAAGUAUCAAGUACACAAUGGCAAACCACACUUCCAGAAAGUCUUUGACUUUCACAUAUGAUGUACUCAGAGUUUCUCUUAUUAGUACCUGAACGUCUUUCAUGGUAACUGCCCUGUAAACCUCUUCUGUUGUGCACUGUCCCAAACGAGCUGUGAACGUGUGGCGUCAGACUGCAGACAUGCGUUCAGGCCGUAUGUGUCUUAAAGGAACCGUUCAUUUAGGAAGACCUGGAUUUUAUAGUCUCUGGCUUCAAACUUGAUGUUUUUAUAUAUUGGGAGGAGAAAGCUGUUCAAUAACUCCUAUGGAUUUGUGAGCAAAUGACUUUAAAAGUGCUGAAACUGAGACUCAGUGUGAAGUAGAAGAGGUAACUCAGGAAGUUUUCCAUGCUUUCCUACCUGUUGUACCGUACAGAGCUAAUUUGUGCUGCCACGAGCGUCACCUGCUUGUUGUUACUGUUUUAUAGUUUUGCAGGUAAAUCAUUACUUCAGCCAUGUUUUUCUUUGUUUUUAAUGUAUUAUGCACUGACAAGUUUCCAGUUAUUCUAUUAUUGUGUGUGUGUGUAUGUGUGUGUGUUUAUUUGGAAGCACACGGCAUCUUCAUGUUCAUAUUAGGACAUUGUGCUAUGCAGAACUGUCAUUC